AUGGAAACCAUUAAACAAUCCUCCAGUGAAAAUGAAGGAUCAUUGCGAUUAUCCAAACGAAUCCGAAAGCCGACUGUUCACUUCACUCUUGACACAGCUCCUUCAAAAAAAACACCUGAAAACGCCUCAGUUAAAAUGACUUACAACAAGCCCAAACUGCCACCUAUCCACACAAGUUUCAUAUCUCCUACAAGCAUAAAGCUGGAUACUGUUCUCGCAAAAGGCCUAAAACAGUUAAAAAUCAGCAUAUCGGAUGACUAUAUUGUCGUUUACUAUUCCAGAGAAGAAAGGAGUAAUUAUUAUAUAGGAUGGAAACAUAUAAAAAACUUUGAAAAUAUAGAUAUAGGCAUGACCUACAGACUGCGUGUAUAUAAGAAACCUGAGAAGAAGGUAGAAGUCAAAGCUGUUGAAGCUCCAAAAGUGGCUCUGCCAGUGGAAGAGAGCCAGAAGAAUGCUAUGGCUAGUAAAACUCCUGGGCAGACCAGAGAGAUGAUGCAGCUGUACGGGUUUUACUGUUACUGGUAUUAUAUGAUGUCGAUGAGAGGGUCUUAGUAUUAAUUAAUCAAUAAAUGUUUAAUGCCCACUAGCAGGUUGCUCAACCACAGCUACCUCCAACACCGCUCUGGGGCGAAUUUCGCGGGCCCAUGAAAGGUGCGGCUACUUUCGACUUUUGUCGCCAAAAGAGGACGUCAAUCUUGACCUUAGAGCUUCGACGCCUCUUCUUUGAGCUCAGGCACUUAUUUGAGUCCAAUCAGUACCUUAAAUUCCCAGUCUUCACCACCUGGAGUCAGUGGCACUCUUCUGGAAAAUUCCAUUCCUUAAGGUCAGGAGUCCGGCAGGAAAAACCACCCGGCUCUGGCUUCCCUUACAUAGCCGGGAUAAUUUCGCCAGGGGAAACCAAGCCUCAUAAUUGAAAUAAGCAAGAGAUGAAUUUUCGGUCGGGAGACCAGAAAAUUCAAACAACACCAUAUUUAAUUAUCCUCUGAGAGGGUAUCAGGUACCGAACUUUUCUCAUUAUGGUCAGAAUUAG